CGACGUCUUCAUAGAGCAAUGCCUGAGAUCCGCUCAGGGGCAACACGCGGAAGACACCUAGGAAGAACGAUAUCCGAGAUAGAAACACACGGGAAGCAACACCUAAGUAACACAGAGUGCAGCCCCUGUUGAUGUCUGAGAGAGAAGUGAAAGAAAAUAAAGGAACUGGAUGCGUGUGUUUGUUGUGUGUGAGAGAGGGGAGACCAGCUGCUUCAGCGACGACUCAAGAGGAAGGAAGGCUAGCGGCGGUCAGGGCGGAGACCCACGGGGUUAAUAACAGAGACUCGUGAAACCAUGACAAUCGUCUGAGCUGAAAGAGACAUUCGGUCGGGACUAAGCCAGGGAUCUCUGAGCGUGUCACUGAACUCAGCAGCAACUCAAAGAGGGGAGCUGCCGGAGAAGAAAGAGAUAGAAAACAAUGAUUGGGGAAAUCCCGGAAGAGAAAAGAGUGGAGAUUAAUUAAAAACGUAAAUCCGGGAAAGGGAACUUUUGAACAAGCUAAGAACUGCACGGCAUGAAGGAAGAGAGAGAAUACAUUUCCAAGGUGGAACAGUGCUCACAUUAGAUUCUGUGGACAAUAGCUGAAGAUUGAGUGAGAGGCGCAAAUCAAAAGCAGGACUAUUGGAGAGAGUGAGAGACAGUGCUGACCUGGAUUAAUCUCAAAGCCCGCUCCCAGACCUCAAACGACACGAUACCCAGCACCAGCAAACACCUGUCCGCUUUGUCAUCUCUUUCUGACAUGAGAUGAAGUUCAGGAAUGAAAGUAUUUUAACAGUGCUCGUCCUGGGUACAUUUCUUUCUAUGUCCUGGUUCGUUGCCCGGCUGAAUAUGCAAGAAGGUGAUUAUGAAAUGAUUGCGCAUCAACACGAACUUUUGGAACUGAGUAACAGAAUGCAUAUGGCCGAAAAAGAAAGUCUGAAACAUUCGGAGGAAUUGAAACUUGUCUUGAACAAGAUAAAGCAAAUAAUAGCCGUGGACAAAAAGACACUGAAUAAUACAUCUAGGAAUUUCUCCAAUUUUUCAGAUAUAAUGAAGAUGAAAGCAUUGAACCUUACCAGAAAGCAUAAUGUUCAACAACCAAAUAUCUUCUAUUACCUUCCUCAUCUGAUGUUGAAUGAAAACAGCCUUCAACCAAAAGAAAUGAUAGGACAGGGCAGGACUGGAGCCUUGCUGGUGAUGGGCGUACCCACAGUAAAGAGAGAAUCACAAACUUACCUGUUGGACACACUGAAUUCCCUUAUUUAUGAGCUGUCUCCAGAGGAAAAGAAAAAAUGUGUAAUAGUUGUAUUCAUUGCAGAGGUGGAAGAAGAUUAUGUAAAUAAGCUGGUAGAAAAUUUACAAAAUACGUACUCCAAUGAAAUACAGUCAGGGCUUCUUGAGAUCAUCUCUCCUUCUGCUGAUUUUUAUCCUGACCUCUCAAAUCUGAAGGAAACGUUUGGAGAUACCCAACAGAGAGUAAGGUGGAGAACAAAGCAGAAUUUGGACUACAGUUUUUUAAUGAUGUAUGCUCAAGCCAAAGGAGUAUUCUAUUUACAGUUGGAGGAUGAUAUUAUAGCAACACCCAACUACUUGCAAACUAUGAUGAACUUUGCAGAACAGCAGCCUUCAGAUGACUGGCUGACUUUGGAAUUUUCGCAACUUGGAUUUAUUGGAAAGUUGUUCAAAUCUCCUGAUCUGACACUCGUCAUAGAAUUCAUUAUCAUGUUCUACAAGGACAAGCCAAUAGAUUGGUUGCUGGAUCACAUAUUGUGGGUGAAAGUAUGCAAUCCUGAGAAAGAUGCUAAACACUGUGACAGACAGAAAGCUAAUUUACGAAUCCGUUACAAACCUUCCCUGUUUCAACAUGUGGGAACUCAUUCUUCAUUAGUUGGGAAACUUCAGCCUCUGAAGGAUAAAGAUUUUAAGAAAGGAUUGUUACACAAAGGACAUACAAAUCCGACUGCCGAAUUGACGUGUAGUUUGAAAAUCUACCAACAACACAGUCUGGAAAAGGCCUAUCAAGGGGAUGAUUUCUUUUGGGCAUUUACUCCAAUGGUAGGGGACUUCAUCAAAUUCAGAUUCUAUCAACCACUGAAAAUUGAAAGAUACCUCUUUAGAAGUGGCAAUAUGGAACAUCCAGGAGAUAAGUUUUUUAAUACAACAGUGGAAAUUCUACCAGUUGAUAAAUCUGAAUUUGACAAGAAUGUUUUGCACAACAAUAUAACAAAAUAUCUCAAAUACCAAGAAACAGAAGACGGCUACUACAGAAUAGAUAUUUAUCAAGCCAGCUGCAUAAAUGCAAGCAAGAAAUUCGGCUUCCCAGCAAAAGUGCAACUAUUUCUAGUGCCUCUUCAAUAAGGUUUGCCUGAUGGAUUUCUUCAACAAUGACACCACCUAGUGUGGUAAAAUAAAAAGAACAAUUGUUGAAAAUCAACAAGGGACAGAACUAAUGUAAAAGAUCACAGUGAUGGAAAGCUGUAGAUGUGCAAACGUUUGAAUAAUCUUUGACCAAAACAAUUUAACUGUUUAUUUAUAUAAUAAUUACAUUGGUUUUUUUUACUGUCAUCAUGAAAAUGAAUAACAAAAUGCCAUCUUAAUGAAAACUUCAGUGAAGUUGAAUUAUGGUGUUUAUAAAUGCAUACUUUGUGUAGAAACAAAAUGUAUGCUUGGUAACUUUAUGUAAUUGGUCCUAAGACAAAUUAUUUAAAAUUACAUCACAUUAAGUCAAUAUGAUAAUGAUCUCUUCUAAUCACAAGCUAUACUUUAUUUGUUGGGAGGGAGAAGAUUUUUUUAUAGGUUUGGUUUAGCUCCUCCUUCCACAAUGUUCUUUGCAACAAAGACAGUAACAUGAUUUGGAUUGUAGCCCUUGGCAAUGACAUUCUAUGAGCUGACAAGGUGUUCCUUGUCUUUUAUAACUUCCAGAAAUAAAGCAUUCCACUGUUACAUAAAACUUUGUUUUAAAUUAAACUACCAAAGAAUUCACAAAAAACACAUUCAUGAAGUUUGUUGUUUAAGUGUUACUUAAAGCUAGGAUCUAAACUUGAUACAGAAGUUCUACAUGUUUCAGUUAGAGCAAAAAAAAAGCUACUGAAGGUAGAGGACCUGAAACUCUGAGACUUCCGCCAAGAGAACUUCAGACCAAAUAGUCCUGAUAUUCUAAUCAAGGUCAGAAGUCCUACUCCUGUCCCUGAUCACAUUACAAAUUACCCACUUAACUUGAGAUUACUUCUGCACUGGAGAUUCCCGGACAGGGACUUUGUUACAAAUUAAUACCAGAAUCCAUUGAAUCCAGGAGAACAGAAAAUCUUUGUAGAAACCACUCCCUCUUUUGCAGCAAUCAGUGUGACAUGUUUUGUCAUUUAAAUGUACAUUGAAAAGUGAGGCCACUAGCUCACUCCUGACCUCUCAUCACCCUUCUCCCAAUCUUGUGCUGCUCAAUGCAAGACUUCUCACUGCCCCUUUCACCAGUCCUCUCAAGACUGUUCAACGUUGUUCACCAGCUUGCUUUCUGUCCCUCUAAUCUCUUUGCCACCUGUCCUGGCGCCUUACUGCCUCACUUGGCACUCCUCUCCCAAGCCCUCAUUUACCAUACAAAGAGUAGCAAGGGGUUGGGGACAGGUGACAGUCUUGAACUGGUGGCAGUUUGGGUUGCAGCAGAGGUGAGGAUGAGUGAAGGUUGUGAACAGGAACACUACAAUGACUGCACUGUUGGGAGAAACUAUACGUACUAGUGGGUUGAAUUAAAGUUCCUGCGUCAUGGCAGGAGUUAAGUGGUUAACCUUUUCAAUACUGUAAAAGAUCUGGCAAUUAAUUACAUUCAAGCUAUCUUGUUGCUACAGCAACAUCUUUUUCGUCUAAAAUUCUAUUUGGCUUGGAUUUUAUUAAUAUAUGGAAUUCUGUUUUUUAA